GUUUUGGAAGGAGGGCAGUUUUAAACAUUCCCACUAAAAUUAUCCCUGAAAGAAAAUCCAAAAUGCGGAAGUGACGUUCACAGUCACGUAUCAAAAAUCAAAUUUGUCUUCUCUCUCUUUCCUCUAUAAAUAAAAUAGGCACACAGAUCUUGGCUAAUCAUUUCACUCUACAUACCCAAAAUAUGUCAGCAUGUUGCCGCCGUCUGACCUCCCCUGCCGCCGCCGUGGUUCACCACAUUCCACUGCGGACUUCUUCGUCGUCGUCGUCCACCAACUGCUUACAAGUUAAUCAUCGUAAAUCCUGGCGUAGGAGAGACGCAGUUGAGGUGGUGCUGCGGUCAAGACGGCUGCUGAUCGAAGCGGCAGCGGCGGGAGGGCGGGAAGAGGAUGUACUGAAGAAGAAGGGGAAGCCGCCACCGCGGUGCUGCUCACUCGAUCGAGACGCGGUGGUCGCGGGUGGAGGCGUUGAUCGGAGGACGGAGGUGGUGAUUGCGACGGUGGCGACGGUGGUUCUCGGUGUGGGGAAUCGCGUGCUUUACAAGCUCGCAUUAGUUCCUCUCAAGCAUUACCCCUUCUUUCUCGCUCAGCUCGCCACUUUCGGGUAUGUAAUUGUAUAUUUCUCUAUCUUGUAUCUCCGGUAUCAAGCUGGCAAGGUUACCGAUGAAAUGCUAUCAUUGCCGAAAUUACCAUUAAUUGCUAUUGGCCUGUUAGAGGCUCUAGCAGCAGCAUCUGGGAUGGCAUCAGGAGCUGUUCUUCCAGGGGCAGCGAUUCCCAUACUUUCUCAGAGUUUUCUUGUCUGGCAACUUGGUCUGUCGUAUAUAUUUCUCAAAAGGAAAUAUAGAUUCAAUCAGUUGUUCGGUUGCUUUCUGGUAGCAGCUGGAGUAGUAGUAACUGUUGCAAGUGGAUCAGGGCCUGGAUCCCUGAUGACAACCGGAUUAUUUUGGAGUAUUUUAAUGAUUAUUUCGUUCUUCUUACAAGCUGCUGAUACAGUCAUGAAGGAAAUAAUAUUUUUGGAUGCUGCCAAAAGAUUAAAGGGAGGUUCGAUGGAUCUAUUUGUUGUAAAUUCCUUUGGAUCUGCUUACCAGGCUGUUUUCAUUUGCCUCCUCCUCCCAUUCUUGUCAAACCUAUGGGGCAUUCCAUUUAGUCAACUGCCGAGUUAUCUCAAAGAUGGUGCUGCCUGCUUUUUGAAUACCGGUGCCAUGUUAAAUCGAUGUAAUGGUGCACCUUUAUUGCCGCUGCUAUUUGUCAUUGUCAAUAUGGGUUUCAACAUAUCAUUGUUGCAUCUGCUCAAGAUCUCUUCUGCUGUGGUAUCUUGUCUUGCAUCAACAGUUUCAGUGCCAAUAUCGGUGUACUUUUUCACAUUGCCGCUGCCAUAUCUUGGGGUCGCCUCGUCCCUUCCUCCUGGCUUUGUAACAGGCGCUAUUGUCCUUGUCGCGGGCCUAGUGAUUUAUCUCUGGACACCUGCAUCAAAUUCCUCAAGCAGCCCUUCUCUUGUGAACUAGGCAUAACCAAAAGAUGCCUCCAAACAUUCACAUAUACUUGUGCAUUGAUUUGGUCGAGAGGCGGCAGCGAGGAAGAUUGAGUGGUGCAUUGUACAACGAGAGCUUCAUAUGGUGCCUUUGCUAAUCUCCCUAAAUUAGGAGAUAAAUUUUGGUGGUGCUAACUGCGGAUGGCGAUUCAUGCAAAUACAGAGAAUCCCAUGAGAAAGCUAUUUUGUUCCAUUUGAUGUAAAAAUACAAUACCAAUCUCAUAGAGGGGAGCUGGAUAGUAUGAUUUGUGAUUUUACCGAAAUUUCGAUGUUCAAUGGACCAUUUAAUAUACACAUAUUAUAUGUAAAUAUAUAGAGUGGAUUUUGAUAA